GCCAAGCAGCAUCUGGCCUGCUUUGUUCUUCCAGCCUCCUGCUUGUCUACCUAUGGCAAUCCAGAAUGUACGAAUUAUUUUUCAAAUGCACUAAGUUUGCCAGUCAGGUAUGCAGUAAUUUAAAAUGCAAGAAUUUUGCUCCCCAACUCGCAAAUGACAAAUGAACACCCGGGGUGGCUGAUGGUAUUCAUCUGUGAGCAGCGAGGUAUGAAAACAACUUUUUCCAACUGAACGCCAGAAAAAAAAGUCAGCAAAACAAAACUGCUUCUGGUCGAAAUUCUAGUUUGCUGCUUUUCAGACUCUUGACGGAGAGAAUGCGAAGAUUUAAAAAAAUGAAAAAUACCAUAUUUGGUUGUAAAUAUUCAUUUUAAAUGGGACUACUUUCUCCCUUGUGUCCUUUGUCGAGAAGUUGCCAACGCAAUGCGCGAUUAAAACCAACAGAAUAAAACGACUAAUGUCAAUUUUCACCUGUUGAACGUGUCAACCGGAAUCCAGAUCUUUAUUUUGUUUUAGCGCGGAUGUUUUCUGAUCCUCCUGUUGUUUUCCAGGUGCCAAUUUAUAAAUUGCAGAGAUCGAGGAUAGAUCAGUAAAACUGUCUUUUCUACACGAAAUAACAAAAACCGAUAUCGUUAAGCAAUUUAAGGCAUUAAAGAUGUGGUUUUGGCUCAGGACUGCAUGUUUGUAGCCCCUAGCUUUCCUCCCUCCCCCUCGCUGGUGGCGGUUACUGAACCGCCAAGUGCACGGGGAGAACGGCUGCGCGAGGCAGCAAUUCAUCCACCCGCGCGCUCCACCGCCGCCAUCUUGUAAUCCCCCACACUGCCGUUUGGGGUGUCGGAAGGAUUCUCUCGCGAGGAAGGACGCCAUUAUCGGAUUUUAACAAACAAGAAACGAGAACUGAACGGUAGCAGUGGGGUUUCAGAGUGGAGGUCGAUUCUGCAUUGUAACUAGAUGAUGUCAGAACACAAUUUGACUGAUGUGGUUCAAAUUGCAGUUGAUGACCUAACACAAGAUCAAGCAGGAGUUUUGGAGAAUCAUCAGUCUGAGGAUGGGAUUGAACAACCAGCUGUUAAACGUCAACGAGUAGACAUUUCAAACGGGCAGUCAAUCCAAGAUUCUACAGUAAAGUCUAUUCUCUUUGACAUUAAUCAAGCCAUUUGUUUGCGUCUUGAUAGUAUUGAAGCCAAAAUUCAGGCUGUGGAAGCCACUUGCAAAGCAAUUGAAGAGAAAAUAGACUUGGUUUUUAAUAAACAAAAUAGUCCUAUCCAGGUCCCUAUGGUGGCAGGAUCUCCUCUAGGUGCAACACAGACGUGGAAUAAAGUUCGCAGUACAGUACCACAAACCACUGUAAUAUUAAAUAGUGAUCGACAGAAUCCAAUUGGUUCCAAAGUUGCUGGACAAGAAGAACCUUUAGCUAGAGGAACAGACACCCUGGACAAUAUUCUCAGCAAUUCAAUGCCAGGGAGGAGACAAAACACAAUAAUUGUGAAGGUUCCUGGCCAUGAAGAUAGCCAUACUGAAGAUGUUGAGAGUGGAUCUGAAACAAGUGACACCGUUUCAAAUAGUGGUCAAUCAGGUGGUCAGAACUUGGCCCCAAAUGUUACACUCAUUACAUUGAAUUCUGAAGAGGAUUUCCCCAAUGGAACCUGGCUUGGAGAUGAGAAUAACCCUGAGAUGCGGGUUAGGUGUCCCAUCACUCCUGCUGAUAUGCUACAUAUUGCCACAAAUUGCAGAACAGCUGAAAAAAUGGCAUUGACACUAUUGGACUACCUAUUCCAUCGUGAGAUUCAAGCUGUAUCCAAUCUCUCAGGGCAGGGAAAACAUGGCAAAAAGCAGCUGGAUCCUUUAAUGAUCUACGGAAUUCGAUGUCACCUUUUCCAUAAAUUUGGAAUCACUGAAUCAGACUGGUACAGAAUAAAACAGAGCAUAGAUUCUAAAUGUCGAACAGCUUGGCACAGAAAGCAGCGUGGACAAAGCUUGGCAGUAAAAGGUUUUGCCCGAAGGACACCCUCGUCUUCAGUCAUGAGUGGAACAGGUGGAAUGCAAGGAUCAGUGUCGUCUCCUGGAGAUUUACAGCAGAAUCAGGCACAGACACUCCACUAUGCAUUAGCAAAUGCUCAGCAGGUUCAUAUUCAUCGUAUAGGGGAGGAUGGACAAGUUCAACAAGUAGUGAGUAUUUUCAAGAUACAUCACAGAAAAAUUAAUAAAUCAUAA